AUGAGCUCUGCAGACACGGUGCCUUCAGACACCCAAGUCAUCUCGCAAUCGGUUUAUGACGACCUUAUAAGACAGAACCAAGAAGCUGCUGAUAAUGGCUCGGACAAUAAUCUUGCCGAUAAUGCAACUUUGAGGACACUGCACGAAGGUGAUAUUGGCCAUGUGGAUCUGCUGGCUGGGUUUGACGGGUCAAACACCGAUGCAACCAAUGGCGAAGAUAACGAGGAUCAGAGCAGUUUCAAACUCGGGGAGUCAUCCCCCAUGCACUAUCAGCCGAAUCUCUUUCCCGAGUCCCAGCGUUUUGUGUCGAAGACCCCGGCGACAACAGUGAAAACAGGGCGUGUCGAUGGCUUUGCUACAGUGACCCCCACAGCAUCGAGGAAUCCUCUUGCGACGGAGCUAGAAUCAAGCGGCGGUAUCAUGGCACUAAGCCAGGUAUUCAAAGCAACCCAGGCCCCUUCCUCUCCCAUUGUCCGUGGCCAACAAUCCGAUCCGAUGUCUGACCGGCCUUCACCUAACCUUCCUAUUCAAAAUCGUUCGCUUGCUACAACUCUGUCCUCGCCGUUAAAUAAUAUUGCGGCAACCUUUCCCCGGGAUUCUUCAGAGCCACAUCUCAAUUAUAUCACCAUGCAAGAGUCGCAGGCGCAACGGGAUAUAAUCCUACGAGAGAGGAUGACGCGCUCUGCAGAUUAUAUAUACUCGGGAGAUCAGAGUGACGGCGAGUUUGACAAAGAACCCAGCUUCGUGGAGCGCAUAAGGCGACAGAGAAAUAUCGAUGAGGAAACUAGGGAACAAUUGGCCGGUCUUUCAGCUCCCCCAAGAGCAGCAGGUCACAAGAACUCAGAUGAAACGAGCAAGUCACCUAGCAGAAUCGAGCACCAAGGAAACGCUGCUGCAGGUGCAACCAGUGAAGAGGAGACGGAACAGGAGGAUGAGCUUUGUCAACGGAUGUGUCGGUCUCCAGACCCAAAUCCUUCAAAUGAGGAGGAUAAGGAAAACCAUAAUGAUCCCUCUACAACCCCGCUGGCUGCCGCGACCAGUGCACAUGAUCGCCUCUCUCAGGCACUUGCUCUUGAUGGUGCCCCAUCUCCUAGCUGCAGAAGUUCACUACAAGGUGCUGCAGAGUUCCAUUUACCUCACGGUGCUGCUGACGAACAACCAGAUGGUGCUAGCAGCUCAUCCCAAGUAUAUAUUGUGAAGGACUCUCAACGGUCCCCAGGUCCACAGGACGAGGUAAAUCAAGGAAGGAAUACUGCAGAAAUAUGGAACGUGAACCAGACCCAGCCUUCGGGCUCACACAUUUGCACAAAGCAUUCUCCUGAGAAGCUUGUGUCUCCUGCGAAACAACUCCGUAUACAGUCAACUCCUCCCUCAGCCUCCCAAAGGAGUCGAGUAUCGUUUCAACUGGAUGACGACCGUAUAGUGGCUCGAUCCAGAUCGAACUCGAUCAACCCACAUCGUUCUCAUGAACAUCCACCGAGAAACCCCAUUGCCCAGGAAACUAGCGUAAUGCAAUCUAGCAAUUCAACUGUGCAUGAAUCUAUAGAAUUAGGCGACAAAGCGCCGACAUCCGAUAUCAAGGAGAAGUCAUCUUCGAUGCCGUCUCGCGUGGCUGAAACACCUGUUCAGCGUCCGAAGACCUUUGCAGAUGUGGUGCCAACGACAGCUAUCCCAGAAACGAGCCCGAAUCGAUUCUUUACUCAAAGCUGGGCAAAUGACGUGAAUAAUGAAUCGAUGGAUCAAGAAGACGAUGACCUCCCUCCUCUUUACUCAUCCACACACGAACGAGGAUAUCAUUCCCAGCCAGUCAAUUCGAAUAGCUCGUCGCCAGUAAAGAGCAUCUAUAACUCCAAAAUUCUAUCCAGUCCAAGUGGAAGACAGCGUAGAGCACUGACAGAAAUUGCAGCUGAUGCUUCGCCUCAAAUCGGGACGGGAAACUUCGACGUUGAUAUUAACAUAUUAUCCGCCGACGAUCGAGAGUUCAGAUCCGCUGUCGCACUGUCUCCAGUUCCACCAAGAAAGAGACGGCGUGGAAAUGAUGGGCAAAAUGUCUUCGCCUCUGACCCAGUGCUUCCUAUUACACCCCGUGCCGCCACUUACUUUGCUCCCCUAAAGGAAAAUGAAACAAUGCCGGCCCGGGACCCCAAGCCCGAACAAUCAGUGACGAAGCCUAAGGAAGCCUUUGAGAAACGAUCACGAGCUUCCAGGCGAGCGGAGACAGUAUGGGAUGUUGAUGAUUCUCCCCACUAUCAUUUUUCACGGAAGGAGCGCGCGCGGCUGUUCGGUCUUCCUCGUAUUCUCGAGCAGAAGGCCAAGGAAGCCCAUCAUUCCGAGGAGAGUACUGAUGCGCAGCUUGUCGCUGAUCAAAACUGUUCAGAAGCCACAUCACUUCCCACGGAACAACAUGUUGAAGCUUCUAGAGACGAGCCAUCAGAGGAUCUCAUCGAAAAUAGCACCGCUAGAGGUGACUCGGUCCCUGAUGGCGAUGUCGCAAUUGCACUAAAUCAGGUUCUUGCAGCCUGGAGUGGAACAAAGCGUGCAUUUUACCCUGCAACCUGUUUUGGAAGACCAUUGGGGACUUCACAGUCCCGUUAUUUGGUCAAAUUCGAAGACAGUGCUCCCGUUGAAGUUCCCAUUGGAGCUGUGAAACGGCUCGAGCUACGGGUUGGAGACGCUGUGAAGGUCGAUAUGCCCAAUGUGCCAAAGCUGACUCACAUUAUCCGAGGCUUUGAGGAUAAAUUGAGCAUGGAAGACCUUGAAAACGAGGCAUCCAACGGCAUUAUCCGUAUGACAGAUGUAUACGGCCAUUCGACUGUCGUUUUAGGACAAAAGCAGCGCAAGAGCCUUACACGUGAAGGACUUGCAGUUCCCGAGAAUAGUGUCAAAGUCCCAAUAUCCCGCAUAUACCUGGAUACUAUCCUCUGGAACCAACUCAAAGAUCGGACAUAUAGCUACAGCUCUGUACAUGCACAGUCAGAGAAUAGACUUCAAACACCGUCUGAUCGACACACCACACCAGCUUCACCCAGCACUCGGUUAUCCCGCAGUAUUCGUUAUUCAAAUGGUAUAUUCGCUGGAAUGGUGUUUGCCGUGUCUUAUGGGGAGAAUGAUGAAGCAAAGACUCGGAUUACGCGGAUGAUAUUGGAUAAUGAUGGACGUAUUCUUCAUGAUGGCUUCAAUGAGCUGUUUGAUCUACCGUCAAGCCGCCCAGUUGUUACGCCAUCGAAAUCACCAACCCCAGCCGCGAACAACAACAACCAGUUUCGUCUCACUGGCGGCGCUGAAGACGUGGGCUUUGCCUGUUUGAUAGCUGACAAGCAUUCUCGCCGGCCAAAGUAUAUGCAGGCACUAGCUCUCAACCUUCCUUGUCUCUCGGACCGCUGGAUAGAGGACUGCGUAGCUCAACGCCAGGUUAUAGAUUGGGAGAUGUAUUUGCUUCCUGCUGGGGAAUCCUCGUAUCUCCACGGAGCGACGAAGUCAAGAUUAUUGCAUCCUUAUCCUGCUACGCAAGCACGACUGCCUGAAACCAUUGCUGCCCGACCCAAUCUAUUGCAUGGGCAGUCGGUGCUAGUCGUGAUGGGCCGCGGGAAAGCUGAUGAAGAGCGAAGGAAAGCGUAUCUCUUUUUAACGCAACGAAUUUGUCUGUCAAAGCUUGAUCCUGGGGAGGUUGAUUGA